AUGGCGAAUGGCGCCCCCGAGGAAGACGGCCGCCUCGAGUUCCACCCGUUCUCCGACGGCACCGAGCGCGGGUACGCCGGCGGGAGCGACGACGUUGCGGAGUUCAACGCCUACAUGGCGUCCUUUCACGCCGCGGGCCCACGCAGCGUCGGGCAGCUCGUCGACGCGCUGGCGGCGCGGGGACGGCCCGUCUCCCGCGUCGUGUACACGCUCAUGCUCCCGUGGGCCGCCGGCGUCGCGUCCGCGCUCUACUGGAUCCAGCCGGUCCUCGUGUCCGCCAUCUACCACCACUACUUCCACGGCUACGCCGGCGUCAUCGCCGAGCAGUACCGCCGCGGCGACCCGUCGGAUGUCGUGGAGCUCCCGGGCCUGGCGCCUCUGGCGGUCAGGGACCUGCCAAUCUUCCUCACCGAGUCCACCGACCCCGGCGACUACUUCCACACCGUCUUCCUCACGUUCCGCGACCUGUUCGACACCCUCGACAGGGAGACUUCCAAUUCCAAGGCCACCGUCCUCGUCAACUCGUGCGAAGAGCUCGAGGUGGGCGCGCUCGCCGCCAUAGGGCCACAUGACGUGCUCCUGCUCCCCAUCGGUCCGGUGCUCCCGACGGGUGACGAGACGAGCAUGUUCAAGCAGGAAGACGCCACGUACAUGGAGUGGCUCUACGGGAAGCCGGCGAACUCCGUUGUGUACGUCUCCUUCGGGAGCCUGGCAACGAUGGCGAGGGAGCAGGUGGAGGAGCUGCCUGCUGGCGUCGAGGAGAGCGGGAGGCCGUACCUCGUGGUGGUCCGCAAGGACAACAGGGCGAUGCUCGCGGAAGAAGACGAGACGGAGCUGGGUGAGCGUGCCAAGAACGGCAUGGUGGUGGAGUGGUGCGACCAGGCGCACGUGCUGUCGCACCCGGCGGUCGGGUGCUUCGUCACGCACUGUGGAUGGAACUCGGUGCUAGAGAGCGUGGCCAGCGGCGUGCCCAUGUUAGGUGUGCCCAAGGUCUCGGAGCAGAGCACCAACGCGCGGCUCAUCGAGCGCUAG